AAUUUAAUACCCCGAGAACAAUUCAGCAUGUAACAGUAACAGUGACACAAGACUCGUAGAGGACAUAAGCUUGAGGUCGGAAAGAACAAACAAUAUUUAUUAUUUUUAUGAAAAAAUUUCGACCCAAAAUUUUCAGUUUCUUUUUCAUUCAUUCAUUCAUUCUUCUCUGAUUCUUUGCGAACUCAGUGCCACAACUUACUCACUUUCACUCUAAAAAAAAAACAACUUCAAAUUCAAAUCAAAAUCAAACUAAACAAACUACUAUGUUGUGAACAACACCAACGUUUGUGUUUCAUGUUUUUUUUUUUGUCUCUGUUUAUUGUUUUGGAUCUCUGAACUAUGAAUCUUAGCAACGGUAAAGGAUCCAUUUCUACUGUUACUUCAACUGCUACUAUGAAAUCCGGUGAAGGUUCCGACCAGUUUCCGGCUGGUUUGCGAGUUCUUGUUGUUGAUGAUGAUCCCACGUGCCUUAUGAUCCUUGAGAAGAUGUUACGCACGUGUCUUUAUGAAGUUACGAAAUGCAAUCGAGCCGAGACUGCACUUUCACUCCUAAGAGAGAACAAGAAUGGAUUUGACAUUGUUAUCAGUGAUGUUCAUAUGCCAGACAUGGAUGGAUUUAAACUCUUAGAACACAUUGGAUUGGAAAUGGACCUUCCGGUUAUUAUGAUGUCUGCGGAUGAUGGUAAAAGUGUUGUUAUGAAGGGUGUAACACACGGUGCUUGUGAUUAUCUAAUUAAACCUGUUCGUAUCGAGGCUUUGAAGAACAUAUGGCAACAUGUGGUUAGGAAGAAAAAGAAUGAGUGGAAAGAUACGGAGCAAUCGGGUAGCGCUGAUGAAGGAGAUCGACAUCCAAAGGCAUCGGAUGAUGGCGAUUAUUCGUCUUCUGCUAAUGAAGGUAAUUGGAGAAACUCGAGAAAGAGAAGGGACGAUGAAGAGGAUGGUGACGAUAGAGAUGACUCGUCAACGCUAAAGAAGCCUCGUGUUGUUUGGUCUGUGGAACUCCAUCAACAGUUUGUGGCUGCUGUUGAUCAACUGGGAAUUGACAAGGCUGUUCCUAAAAAAAUUCUGGAAUUGAUGAAUGUUCCUGGCCUCACUAGAGAAAAUGUUGCCAGCCACCUGCAGAAAUAUCGGUUGUAUCUUCGAAGGCUGAGUGGAGUUUCUCAGCACAAUAACUUGAACAACUCAUUUCUCAGUCCACAAGAGGCAUCAUUUGGUACGAUUUCACCAAUGAACGGUCUUGAUCUUCAAACUCUUGCAGCUGCUGGCCAGCUCCCAGCACAAAGUUUAGCCACUCUUCAAGCCGCAGGACUUGGUAGGUCAACUGUGAAACCAGGCUUAUCAAUGCCUCUCAUGGAUCAAAGAAACCUUUUCAGUUUUGAAAACCCGAGGUUGAGAUUUGGAGAAGGGCAACAACAACUUUUAAGCAGCAAUAAACCAACAAAUCUUCUUCAUGGAGUCCCUACUAACAUGGAGCCAAAGCAGCUCGCAAAUUUGCACCAAUCUACACAAUCCCUCGGCAAUUUGAAUAUGCGAGUCACUGGUUCUUCUACGCAGGGUAAUCCCUUAUUGAUGCAGAUGGCACAAUCCCAACCUAGAGGUCAGAUGCUAAGUGAAAUUACCAGUCCUCGUGUUCCGAGACUUCCAAACAUCUUGGCGCAGCCUGCUUUGUCAAACGGAAUUUCUGAUGGUCUAUUGGGGAGAAAUGGCAUAGCUAGUAGCAGCAGAGCACCUUCAUUUAAUCCUGUUUCACAGAGCUCUUCAUAUUUGAAUUUUCCCAUGAAUCAAAGCACUGAAAUGUCUGUUAGUAAUUUCCCUCUCGGAAGCACUCCGGGUAUAUCUAGUAUGACAAACAAAGGCUCGUUUCAACCGGACGUUAAUUCGGGAAUUAGAGCAUCUGCUGGUUUUCCAAACUACGAUAUAUUUAAUGACCUGCACCAGCAGAAGUCCCGGGAUUGGGGGAUGGCAAGCCAAGGUCCAAUGUAUGAUUCAUCAUCACAUGCAAAUCCUUUGCAUGGUAACAUCGAUGUCUCUCCAUCAGUUUUAGUCCAGCAGGGUUAUUCUUCUAGUCAACAACCUGGACAUAACAGAGAUGCCUCUUUGAUUGGAAAAUCUCCUUUCUCUCUCGGUGAAGGCUUGGACCACAGUAAUCUCCAAAAUGGCGGUCAACACUUCAAUCCCCUUAUCGCUGAAAGUUCAACAAGGGUCAAGUCUGAAAGAGUUCCCGACGCGAGCUCCCAGACUAACCUCUUCCCUGAUCAUUACGGGCAGGAGGAUCUCAUGAGUGCACUUCUGAAACAGGAAGGUAUUGUACAAGGCGAGAACGAGUUUGACUUUGAUGGAUAUUCUCUGGACAACAUUCCUGUCUAGAAGAGACUUUCGCCGGUUCUUUCUGAUUGCAGUUACCAGUGUAAAUAGUUGCUGUUACAUAUGCACAUUAUUAUCAUUCUGCAAUUAGCUAUUUUAGAACUGAGUCUAAAUUAUUCGACAACAGAAUUUUGUUGAUGUCAAAUAUUCAAAUUUCUGGGAGUAGUGUGUACUAUAAUGAUUUAAUCUGGACGAUCGUAAUUGAUCAAGAUGAAUCAACUACAAAACUCAACCGCAUAAAAUGCACAAGGCAUGUGCAAUUUUUGACUGCUAUAUUGAUAGCAACAUUUCUAGCAAUGUUCUAAUUUUAGGGUGUUCUCGAAGAGGUAUGUUUGGGUUAGGGCAGAAUUGUAGAAGCAAGGUUUUGAUACGUCUGCAUACUCGCUUAGGAGUAUUUCUAACUUCAAUAACAAAGCAUGAAGAAAAAAAAAUGUUCCUUUUGUUCUUUUUAUUUUACGUUCUUCAAAGUAAAAUGACUGUCGUAAGCGUGUAAAUUUUUGUUGCUCAAGACGUUUGGCUGACUAUUCUUUUUCGGAUGUUUAUGUUCGUCGGUAGAUUUAUGUUUUAAUGUUUCAGCUGUGACUGAUCUGCUCUUUGAUUAUGUUAUGGAUAUGGAUUCUUUGUAUAUGAACAUGAUUUGGUACUUAUUUGGGAUUUUAUGUUAUGGCUACUUUUCCUAUGAA